AAAGGGCGUAAAAACGAUGUGUGCGUUUUUCAGAUUGUGCUAUUCGGUACUGGCGGAGAGACACACAACGGCUCGCUGUGGCGCCUGGAGAUGGACAGUCUCAAACGAGGAAUGGUUGACAGGGCAAAGAGAGUGUCCUCGGACAGUCACAAAGGCGUCAUGACGCCCCCAGCGCUUGCUGACGUCACUGGUGACGGGGUGGAAGAUAUCGUCAUACCUAUGUUCAACUCCACGGUACUGGCUAUCAAUGGCGAUACUUUCCAGCCGCUGUGGAGUAAUCAAUUCCCUAUGUCAGAGACCUACAGCACUCCUGCCGUGGGCUUUUAUAACGAAGACGAUGUCCCAGAUUUUUUGGUCAAGUACGCACAUGGGCCAGGAUACCCAAUCUAUUAUUAUUCAGAGACUACAGUGCUGGACGGGAAGACAGGCAAAAGACUGAUUGAGCCACCACUGAGGGAUACAAUCGGCGCACAGGCCUCUCCUCUCACCGUCAGCCUAGAGGGGCUGGGGAACGACGUGUUUCUGGUCUGGAUGGCCGACUGUAAGGGUCAUGAGGGCUCUUCAGAUGAGUACUCUUUUGUGAAAGGUGAGCAAGACUUUGGUGGUGUCAGUGAGUGGAAGAUAGAUAGAGAGAUAGAUAGAUAGAUAGAUAGACAUACAAAC